UUUUAUUCCGUUCAAACGCUAUUCAAUUUUUUUAUCCGUUUUUUUCCCUUCUAUUUAAACCCUCGUUCUUCUCCUCAUCCUUCCAUUAUCUCUACUCUUCGCUGUCCCUUACCCUUCUCUGCAUUUUUCUCGCUCUCGCUUCCGUUACUUCCCCUUUUUCCUAAUUAAGUUAAGUAAUAAAGUCCAAAUGGAGAACGGGCUUAAGUUUCAGGAAGUUUCAAACCCAAAAUACGACUGUCUAUUGUUUGAUAUUGAUGACACACUUUACCCUUUUAGUUCAGGAAUCUCGGCGCAUACAGCCAAAAAUAUUGAAGUGUAUAUGCUUGAAAAGCUUGGAAUGGAUGCUGCUAAAGUUCCCGAGUUGUGCUCUUCAUUAUACAAGACUUAUGGGACAACAAUGGCUGGUCUUAGGGCAAUUGGCUAUGACUUUGACUACGAUGACUUUCAUCGUUGUGUGCAUGGGAGAUUGCCGUAUAAUCUACUGAAACCGGACCCUGUUCUCAAGGGGAUUUUGCAAAGCUUGCCUUUUAGGAAAGUGUGUUUUACCAAUGCAGAUGCGGGACAUGCGAAAAGAGUGCUUAAAAGACUUGGGCUAGAGGAUUGUUUUGAAAGAAUUAUAAGCUUUGAUACUCUGAAUCCCUCUGAUGGCAUCAGCCCUCCAAAUUACAAAAAUAGCGAUGAAAUUUUUGAUUUCUGUGAGUACACACGCCGGCCUGAUUCUGAUAUGGUGCUUCCAAAGACACCAAUUAUCUGCAAACCGUUUGAAAAUGCAUAUGAAAAGGCUUUUGAAUUGGCUAACAUUGACCCUCAAAGAACAUUGUUCUUCGAUGACAGUCUCCGCAAUUUAAUGACAGCCAAACGUUUGGGCCUCCAUACGGUUGCGGUGGGUACAUCGGUGCGUAGUACAGGAGUGGAUCAUGCAUUAGAGAGUAUUCAUAAUAUCAGAGAAGCAUUUCCAGAGUUAUGGGAAGGCGAUGAGAAGAUUGAUAUUGUUAACUACCAGGUUGCAAUUGAAACAACAGUAAAAGCAUAGGUUAUAUAUAGACUAUGAUUUGUUUGUGGUGUCUUUAGUAUAGUGGGCAUGGCACCUAUGUAAUUGUUAUUUAAGUUUUUUUUUGCUUGAUCUUGUAUUAGCUUAACCCCUUGGCGUCUAUAUCUCUAUAGUGUCAAUUGAAAUUUGAAACACAGAACCAGUUGAAUACAAUUCAUCUUUUUUCUUUCUAUUUUAA